GAACAUGAAAACGUGCUUGAAAAAAAUUUAACAAAUGGCGCUCUAGUGGAUUUUUUUUUACCGCAUCAAAACAAUUAAUUAUUAAAGUUAUUUUAUAACAGUAAUUCUUUAUAACGUAUUACAUACAAUUGUCACUAACAAUUAAUCAACAAUGAAAUUCACACCGGUAUUAUAUAAAAUUCAUUUAGGAAGAAUGGUUAAACGUAAUUGGUUUUUUCAUACACGUCAAAUAUUAGGUGAAAGUGGAUCUGAACCUACACUUGCUAAAAUGGGGAUACCAGUCAUUGAUCCUGAAGAAAUUUUAAAUCCACCAAGACCUAAAUUAGAUAUUAAUCAAUUUUUCGAUCGUGAUGUUUAUCCACGACCCAUUCCAAUGGAUGAGACUCAUCCUGGUUGGAAAGAAAGGCCAUGCUUAAAGCUUAACACUAAUGAUUUAUUAGUAAUGGGUACAGAUCAAGCACAAGUAUUAACAAAAACGCUGCUUGUUAAAGAUGGACUCCCUGAUAAAAUUGAGGAAUCGAUAAAAGAUACCUCUGAAGAAGUUAAUAAAAUUGUUGAAAGAAUUGUUUAUGCCUCAAAUAUUUUUGAUGCUCAUCAAGAAAAGUUACCCAAAAGAAUAGACCCUGCAAGGCCAGCUUUUGGUUUACCAAGAGACUAUGGGCUUACUGAUUUCAGAAAAUCACGUAAUCUAUCACAAAAAAUGAUUCAACUCUGUGAGUUAUUAUGUGGGCCUUCAGUUGUUUCUGAUCGACAAUUAGUAUACAAUGGAAGAACUCAAAUACCACUUGAAAAAGACAACGAUUUAGUCAUGUUUAAUAUGACAGUUGACAUGAUGAUAACAGCAAACAAAAGUUUAACACCGGUAGGAAAUUUUGAAGAUGUUAAAGACUUAACUUUGCCCAAUAUUUAUCCUCUUAGUCCUAUGAUUUAUUUCCCUGAAGAACACAUUUACGAACGAGAGCAUUUAUAUCCUGUACCUACAUCAUCACCGUGGGUAAAUCCUCAUACGAUAUUUAUUUAUCACGAUCAAGUAAAAGUUCAAAAUAUAACAGAACUACCAGUAACUAAAAAUCAAUUAUUAGCCAGAUCUUUGAUAAAAUCAUUUACUGCAGCAGCUUCUUAUGCUUAUCAAAAAUUCGGAACAAAUAUCAAAGAUUUACCUGAACCUAUUACAGUUCAAUGUGUACAAUCGAACGGACAAUCAUUUCAUUUUUCAGUAUUUCAAUUAAAUACUUUAAAUAUAAGUGGUACUGAAGGUAUAAAAAAUCUAUGGUGGUCUAUGCCAGAAAUAGAUCUUUUUAAUAAAGCGGGAUAUGAAGAAGGAAAACCUUUAGUAGAAGGUUACAAUCCAGAAGUUUUUAAAAGGAUAUCAGCUUUUUAUAAUAGUCAAUAAAAUAAAAUAAA